GCGCAAUCGCGUUCAGCACGCGGGCGUUGCGACGCGAUCAGACCGACCAAGCAGGAGGGUAGGAGAGCCGCGUUUGUUCACAUUGAAGGCAUCUUCUUGAGAAGUUGGCUCGAUCUGCAUUCGUGAUUGAAGAUGGACCCGAGUCAAGCCAAGAUAUCAUCACUCUCUUCUGGGCCACUAGACUGUGACUCUUCUGACUCUGCAUUCACGAUUGUCUGGAUAAGCUAAGCUCACGAAAAGGGCUUCGUCAUCCCCGCACACAUACACGCACACACACGCCACCCCCUCUCUGACUCGAUCGCCGACCGACCGAAAAAGCAGGCGUAGCAGCAUUCACAAGAUGGCGGGACAACCCAACGUGUUCGUCAUGAACCAGGGACCGGAGAGGUUGAGCGGUAGGAAGACGCAAGAGAGCAACAUUGCAUCUUCCAAAGCUGUUGCGGAUGUCAUCAGGAGCUGUUUGGGUCCCAAAGCUAUGCUCAAGAUGAUCCUCGAUCCUAUGGGAGGCAUCUUGUUGACAAAUGAUGGAGCUGCCAUAUUGCGGGAAAUCGAAGUGGGACACCCUGCUGCCAAAUCAGUGCUGGAACUGUGCAGAGCACAGGACGAGGAGGUAGGCGAUGGGACGACAAGUGUAGUGGUGCUGGCCGGUGAAAUUUUGGCGCAGUCCUUGUCACAGUUGGAAAGGGGCUUGCAUCCAGUCGUCAUCAUUCAAUCCUACAAGGCAGCACUCGCAGAGGCGCUCUCGACCAUCCAGCGCAUCUCUAUUCCAGUGGAUGUCGCGGAUGAAGACUCGAUGCUGAAACUCAUCAAGACGUCCAUCGGCACCAAGUUCGUCUCAAGAUGGUCGGAUCAGAUGUGCAAGUUGGCGCUAAAAGCUGUGCGAACUGUGGCCGACAUUGAUGCUCGUGCUGGAGGCAGUGGAGGUAAUGUGGGCACAGUAGACAUCAAGCGAUAUGCGCGUGUGGAAAAGGUUCCAGGUGGAGAGAUUGAGAGUUCAAGAGUGCUAGAUGGAGUCAUGCUAGCCAAGGACAUUACCCAUCCCAAGAUGCGUCGCAGAAUCGAAAAGCCGAGGAUCAUCCUGUUGGAUUGUCCCCUGGAAUACAAAAAGGGAGAGUCGCAGACCAACAUCGAGAUCCAGAAAGAGGAGGAUUGGAACAAGAUUUUGGAGAUCGAGGAGCAGCAGAUCAGGAUCCUGUGCGACAAGAUCAUCGAGCACAAACCUGACCUCGUCUUUACCGAAAAGGGCGUCAGCGACCUCGCGCAGCAUUUCCUUCUAAAGGAAAACAUUACCGCGAUCAGAAGAGUGCGAAAGAGCGACAACAACCGUAUCGCCAGAGCUACGGGGGCUACCAUCGUCAAUCGUGUGGAAGACUUGCGCGAGUCGGAUGUCGGUACUCGAUGCGGACUUUUCCACAUCGAGAAGCUCGGCGACGAAUACUUUACAUUUCUGGAAAAAUGCACGGAGCCGAAAGCUUGCACCAUUCUGCUCAGAGGUCCAUCGAAGGAUAUCCUGCACGAGAUUGACAGGAAUUUGGCGGAUGCCAUGUCGGUUGCCCGCAAUGUCGUCUUUAACCCUCGAUUGGCGCCUGGCGGAGGAGCGACAGAGAUGGCGAUCUCUGUAGCGCUCAAUGAGCUGGCGCGCACGACGGAAGGCGUAGCAGCUGGACCUAUUCGAGCAGUGGCGGAGGCCAUGGAAGUCAUUCCGCGCACCCUGAUCCAAAAUUGCGGAGGCAACGCAAUCAAGAUCUUGACGGCCCUCCGAGCUCAUCAUGCUAAUGGGGAGCACAGCAUGGGAGUGGAUGGAGAGAGUGGGAAAAUCGUAGAGAUGAAGGCCUAUGGGCUUUACGAGCCUGCUGCGGUCAAGGAGCAGACGCUCAAGACGGCCAUCGAGAGCGCAUCCUUGCUGCUGCGCGUCGACGACGUUGUCUCGGCUCGUAGACAGCAGGGCGGUGGGGGCGGAGGGGGGCCGCAAGUUCAGAACAUGCCAGAGGGUGGCGGAGACAUGCCGGAGAUGUAAACCUCUUCGCUCCUGCGCACAAAAGAGGGGGCAAACAAAAG